AGGCAGCCCUGUCGCCACUGAGCAAAGCUAAUAUUCUAUAGCAUAUGGCUGAGACUCCUCCAGUGAAUUGAAAAAUAUAGAAAUCCCGACUGGGAAAAGUUGUCUCCUGAAACAAGGACUUGAAUUUGGACUCUGUAAUCAGAGGAAUGAAGUUGUGGUGAUCUCAUAUUACCGGAUCAGAUCUAAGAGGAUAGUUCUCCAGAAGAAUCAACCAACAUGAAUUCACUAGACAAUGGGAUCAACAGCAUGUGUGCAAUAUGCGGUGACAGAGCUACUGGCAAGCAUUAUGGUGCAUCAAGUUGUGAUGGCUGCAAAGGAUUCUUCAGACGAAGCAUUAGGAAAUGCCAUGUUUAUACUUGCAGGUUUAGUCGGCAGUGCAUAGUCGACAAAGACAAAAGAAACCAGUGCAGAUAUUGUCGUCUAAAAAAAUGUUUCAGAGCUGGAAUGAAGAAAGAAGCAGUUCAAAACGAGAGAGAUCGGAUAAGCACUCGAAAAACCGCGUUUGAAGGAAGCAUCAAUACCUCCAUUAACGCACUGUCACAAGCAGAAGUUCUCUCUCGGCAGAUCACUGCCUCAAGUCCAGCUGCAAAUACAGAAAUAAAUACUAAGAAAAUUGCCAGUAUUAGUGAUAUCUGUGAGUCCAUGAAAGAGCAACUGCUGGUCUUGGUUGAGUGGGCAAAAUAUAUCCCUGCCUUUUGUGAGCUGCCUUUGGAUGAUCAGGUUGCCUUAUUGAGAGCACAUGCAGGUGAACAACUCUUAUUGGGGGUGACUAAACGAUCAAUGGUGUUCAAAGAUAUUUUACUUUUAGGUAACAACUAUUUAAUCCACCGGAAUUGCUCAGAAAUGGAAAUCAGUCGAGUUGCCACCAGAAUUUUAGAUGAACUUGUCCUGCCAUUUCAAGAAAUCCAGAUAGAUGAUAAUGAGUAUGCAUGCUUAAAAGCAAUUGUAUUUUUUGAUCCAGAUGCCAAGGGACUAAGUGACCCUAUAAAGAUUAAGACUAUGCGUUAUCAAGUUCAAAUCGGUUUGGAAGAUUACAUUAAUGACAGGCAGUAUGAUUCAAGAGGCAGAUUUGGAGAACUUCUCCUACUUUUACCCACACUACAGAGUAUUACUUGGCAGAUGAUUGAACAGGUUCAGUUUGUUAAAUUGUUUGGAAUGGUUAAGAUUGACAACCUUCUCCAGGAAAUGUUAUUAGGAGGAUCAGCUAAUGAAGCAAGUCAUAUUCAUCAUCAAGGGCACCCUCAUUUCUCUCAAGACCCUUUGCUAGGGCAGACUCUGUUGAUAAGUUCCAUGUCUGCCUCUAUCCACUCUGAUCAGAUUGCAACUCCAGAGACUCCUUUACCUUCCCCACCCCAAGGAUCAGCACAGGAGCAUUAUAAAAUAUCCACAAACCAUGCAACAGUUAUCACACAUCAGUCCAUCCUAAAGCAGAAACAGUUAUGAAAUAUAUAUAUAAAGGACCUCUGAACAUAAAUGGAAAUAGUCUCCAAUAGCAAAACCAAGAAUUGUAAGUGCAUACUAAAAGGAAUGCCUCCAAACAUGAAUAUAUUAUCGGAUUGACUUUAUGGGGCACAUUUACUAAGGGUCGAAUAUCGAGGGUUAAUUAACCAUCGAUAUUCGACCAUCGAAGUA